ACCUACAAUGGCUGCUACACCAAAACCCUUGAAAUCUUGCACCCCCAUUUCAGUUUCCAAGGUGAGGGUCAUCGUCAGGGUCAGGCCCUUCCUCGCACACGAAACCUCAUCAAGAAACGGCGACCCCAUUUCGUGCAGCUCCGUCCUCGACCAAGAUUUCGAGUCUCCGCAGGACGAGGUUGCCGUUUAUCUCAAAGACCCACUAACCAGCCGGAAUGAAUGCUACCAGUUGGACUCGUUCUUUGGGCAAGAAGAUAACAACGUGGGUCAGAUAUUCUGCAGAGAAGUUAGUCCCUUUGUUCCGGGGAUCUUCAGUGGAUGCAAUGCCACUGUGUUUGCUUAUGGGGCUACUGGAAGUGGGAAGACAUAUACUAUGCAGGGAACCGAUGAACAACCUGGCUUGAUGCCACUGGCAAUGUCCAUGAUCCUUUCUACUUGCCAAAGCACUGGCAGGACAGCACAUAUUUCAUACUAUAAAGUCUACAUGGACCGAUUCAUAAAAUCACGUAUCACACUUGAUGCGUUGAAAGCUAAGAUCCAAAGAAGAAUUUCAUUACCACAACCACAUUCAGUUGAUCAACUUUACUUUCGGUAUCCACAAGUGGUAGGUGAAGGAAUGCUUCAUUUCCGGGCUGUCAAGCUGACCGACGAUGAAGAUGUUCAUGAUUUCACCGACCCAGAGUAUAGACAUGCACUUGACCAUGUUGACGUCGAGUACUCUACUGACAGCCUAUUUGAAGGCAUGACUUUCAACACAAAGGAGGAAGUCCAACAUGUUCUAAAUGCAUACCAUAUAAAGAAAGAGGUCAAUGUAUUGGACAGGGUUAGAAUACAUGUAAUAAAGGAACAACUUUUGGGGAAGGAACUCUUCAUUGAUCAGUAA